GGCUGCUUCAGUUACUCGGCGGCCCUGCGAGCGUUCAAGUCGUUGCCGUUUCCCGCCGGUUCUGCGAUCUCGAUCUUACCACCACCACUACCGCCGUUUCGCCGCCGUUCGGGCCAAGAAUCUAGCUUGCACCUCGAUUCGCCAAGUCCGUGCAACCGUCAGUUUAACAACUGCAAGGCGGUUUACUCUUAACAACAUCGACAACAACAGUCAGAGCAACAGCAUCUGCCCCAGCCCCAACCCCAACUCCGACCCUUCAGAUCAGGACAGAUCACCAUGAACGGACCCAAACACAAGCUCUGCACAAAGCUGUCCAGCACCUACCUCCGAAAGUGGUGGAUUACGAUCGUGGUGGCGGCGGCGCUGAUAAUCGGCGGCAUUGUGGUGGCCUGUGAGUUCUCCGUGCUGAUCGAUGCCGUCGUGGACCGUAUGGUGGCCCUGCGCCCCGGCGCCAAGACCUUUGGGUGGUGGGCCAAGCCGCCGGUGGAACCGCGCAUCAGCCUAUACAUCUACAACGUCACCAAUGCCGAUGACUUCCUUAGCAAUGGCUCCAAGGCCAUUGUCGACGAGGUGGGACCCUACGUCUACAGCGAGACCUGGGAAAAGGUUAACAUCGUCUCCAACGACAAUGGCACCCUCAGCUACAAUCUGCGCAAGAUCUACACCUUCCGCGAAGACCUCUCCGUUGGCCCCGAAGACGACGUAGUGAUUGUGCCCAACAUUCCCAUGCUCAGCGCCACCUCCCAGAGCAAGCACGCGGCCAGAUUUCUUCGCUUGGCCAUGGCCAGCAUCAUGGACAUCCUAAAGAUCAAACCCUUCGUCCAGGUCUCCGUCGGUCAGCUGCUGUGGGGCUACGAGGACCCGUUGCUCAAACUGGCCAAGGACGUGGUGCCCAAGGAGCAGAAGCUGCCGUACGAGGAGUUCGGCCUGCUCUACGGAAAGAACGGCACUUCCUCCGACCGUGUCACGGUGAACACCGGAGUGGACGACAUCGAGAAGUACGGUAUCAUAGACAAGUUCAACGGGCGCACCCACCUGCCUCACUGGACCACCGACAACUGCAACCGCCUGGACGGCACUGACGGCUCCAUCUUCCCGCCGCACAUCACCCACGACCGAGUGCUCUAUGUCUACGACAAGGACCUGUGCCGCCUGCUGCCCCUGGUCUUCGAGAAGGAAGUGGAGACCUCCAACGAGGUGCCCGGCUACCGCUUCACCCCGCCGGAGUGGGUCUUUGCCGACGUGGACACCCACCCAGACAACAUGUGCUUCUGCCCGGCCGGCAAGCCCUCGUGCUCGCCCAACGGACUCUUCAACGUGUCGCUGUGUCAAUACGAUUCUCCCAUUAUGCUGAGCUUCCCCCACUUCUACCUGGCCGAUGACAGCCUUAGGACUCAAGUGGACGGCAUCUCGCCGCCCCAGAAGGAGAAGCAUCAGUUCUUCUUCGACGUGCAGCCUAAAAUGGGAACUACGCUGCGAGUGCGCGCCCGUAUCCAGAUCAAUCUGGCCGUGAGCCAGGUGUUCGACAUCAAGCAGGUGGCCAACUUCCCGGACAUCAUCUUCCCCAUCCUCUGGUUCGAGGAGGGCAUCGAUAGCCUGCCCGACGAGGUCACCGACCUGAUGCGCUUCGCCGAGCAGGUGCCGCCCAAGAUUCGUGUGGGCCUCAUCAUCGGCCUGUGCGCCCUGGGGGUGAUCCUGCUCCUCCUCUCGACGUUCUGCCUCAUCCGCAACUCGCACCGGCAGAGCACCCUGCACCUGGAGGGCUCAAACUACCUGGCCACCGCCCAGGUGGACAUGAACAAGAAGCAGAACAAGGACAACCAACCCGCCAGAUACUAGAUGCCGCACCUUCUAGUCGCAGCCGUCGGUGGCAGUCGGGUCCCUGGGUGUCUUAGAUUAGCUUAAGCCUUAGUUGGAAACCAUUGGGAUUCCCAUUUCCAUUCCCAAUACCAUGGCCAUUCGCCCGGGGUCCAACUGGCCCGGGCAGGAUGCGUCUCUGUAGUCUAGAAAAAAUGGAGCUGGGAGACUUGUAUGUAUUUGUAUGUCUAUGUGUAUCUGUAAUCUGUAAUCCGUAAUUUGUAAUCUGUAAUCUGUAUCUGUAUCUAUUGUAUUGUAUGUAGGUUAUUGUUGUAAGUAUCGUUAUGAAAAUUGAAAAAAAUUGAUGUGUAGUCUUAUGAAACAGUCGUGAUCGCUUAAGGCUCAAAGCUUCGACUCAGACUCCGAUUUGUUAUACCAAACAGAAGCCGAUCCCAGACCCCCGCUUAAAAUUGUAUGUCUAGACUCGAGUCAGUUGUCACAAAACCCCGAAACGUUUCUCAAAUAAACUGAAUGAUCCGUCCUCCA